CAUACAGCCAACACAAAAACAGACCCCUAGUCAAACCAAUGGUCAUAGUGUCAACAACAGGCUACAUUGUUUCAGUCCUUUGACCUUAUUUUGCUGACCACAAGAAUAAUGAUGCUAGCAUCCUGAAACAUAACUUCCAGACCAACAUGGAGAAUAUAAAAGACUGGCUACAGCAGGAUGAUGUUCUUAUUGUGGAUCGUGGGUUUAGGGACUCGAUUAGUUUCUUGGAGAGUUUGGGCAUUCAGGCUCAGAUGCCGGCAUUUCUUCCAAAAGGACAAAAACAACACACAGCUGAUGAGGCAAACUCUUCUAGACUUGUUACCAAAAUCCGCUGGAUUGUGGAGUCUGUUAAUGGGCGUCUGAAACAGUGGAAAUAUCUGCAGAAUGUGGUUCCCAAUACUCAGAUACCAUACAUGCGGGAGUAUGUGUGUUUGAUAUCUGCACUGUGCAACAAAUACAGAGAUCCAUUAAAUACAGGAAAUCCAGAGAGUGACCAAAUCUUGGCAGCUAAAAUGAAGUAUUUAGCAUCACAGACAAACAAACUUCAAGAGCGGGUUGAAUCUGAAGAGUUGCAUCGAAGGAUAAAAGCAUGGACCCCAAUGAAUGCCACUGAUACAUUGGAUUUUCCUCUCCUCUCUGAAGAAGAGCUCCUUAAUCUGACUGUCGGGGUGUACCAGCUGAAGCUUGCCAAGAGUUACACUGCAGAACACAAGAAUGAUGAUGGUGAUUACAACAUCAUGGUAAACAAUGACAUUCCUGAUGUUUUGCGUGUACGAAUACAAAGUCGUCAUAUCUCCAGCAAACAGUAUUUCCUAUGGAUUGAACAUUCCUUAGGAGCCAUUACUGGGUGGUACUGCCAAUGCCGUGCUGGUGCAAGGGUUGUUGGGGUGUGUGCCCAUGUGGCUUCUGUUCUAUGGUACCUGGGACAUGAACGGCACACACACUCUGCAAGGUCCACUCAAGACUGGUCCCAGUACCUUGAGGAUGCCUCAGUCAUUCCAGAAGUCAUGGAUAGUUCCGAAAGCGAUCAGAGUGGAACAGAAGAGUGACAAUGCAUGUUGAUUGAUAGGCAACUAUCUGCUAUCUGUGAUUUUUCAUAAAAAAUGGAUUUGAUCUCUUAGACAAUUGUAUAGAUAAUAUGUAAGUUUAUCGAAAAAGUUUUUUGAAACUGUUUUGAACUUUGAAGUAUUCAAUAUAUUAUUUAACGUUUAAAGAACUACAUGCAAUAUGAUGAAAUUAUGUUAAGGGGAAAAGGUCAAUUCAUUAUUGUUACUUGCAGAAUGUGUGUUUUACAUACAAGAUGUCUAAUAUGCAAAAAAUCCAAGAUGCCAGAUGAAUAUCUAAACCAAUGUUGGGUUAAUGUUUAUCAUAUAAUGAGUUGAUGUUUAAAGGCAUCUUCGUUAAGUAGCAGUUGUUUUCUUGUUUCCUGCACAUGAAAUUGCUAGGUCAUAAAUGACCUAAAGAAAUCGGUCACUGUGAUAUUUAAUGUUAAAAAACUAUUCUCUGUUUUAGAAUUAUGGUUUUGCUCAUGUUAUUAAAUUAAGUUUAUCUUUGAGUGCAAUAAGAUGUGGUUAAUGUCAUGAUAAUCCAUUAACUAAAUUAUAUAUUUGUUAACAGUUUAACCAUGUACCUAGAAGUGCUUGACUUUUUGUUGGUUGGAGAGGGAGAAAUUCAAUGCUCCUCUCUCCAUAAAUAUUGUUAUGUUCUUCAUGUUUGUUAAUAAUAUGUUUAAUUAUCUUGUAUUAAUAUGGUCGAGUUGUUGAAAUAUCAAAGCAUUUCUUAUCUUUCAAAGCGUUCCAUGUUAAAAAAAUAUCUGAGAAAUUAAAGUUUUUAUACACAGGUUGUAAAUAAUAAUAUAUUUUAUUUAACUUUUUGCAGCAAAUUCAAGAAACUGGCUUGUAUUCUACACUAAUUCCCCAUGAAUUGAAUAAUUAGAUGUUUUGUACUGUAAAGAUUAUAAUAUACACAGUUAUUGUAACACUUCCUGAAAUCUGAUAUUUUUUGUUAUGAAAAAAGCCUUUUUUACCCGAAAAAUUGUGUUUUAUACAGUUUACAGUUAAUAUUAUGUUUAUAUAUGAUUUGUUGCAUUGUAUUGUAAUUGUUAAAUUAUUUAAAUACCUGAUAUUAUUUUAAAAAUUG